AUGCCUGCGCGGCGAUCGAAUCUGUGGUUGUACUUUAAAAAGCAACCCACGGGUGAGAAAGCGCAAUGUUUAAUGUGCGGCCAGUUGAUGUCGUUGGAAAAAUCAACGUUUACCAAUUUGAGACGGCACAUCCAUAGGAAACAUCCCGAUUUACAGGAUCAAGUGGUAGCAAAGCUAAUCGUGUUGGGUCCACGCAUAUGGAACCAUUACGUGAAGGAACCUGGGAAAAGGGCACGCUGUCAGCACUGUGAUACAAGCAUAUCCUAUCAAUACACAACCUCCAGUUUAGCCAGACAUCUUCGUGCCAAACAUUCCGACGUGUUCGUGAAGGAAGAUAACGCAAACGAUAACGACCACAAAGAGGAGGACUACAUUGAGAAAAUGUACAACACCGGUGGUGAGCAGCAUAGUGUGAAAGAAUUAAUAUCGAGCAACGAAUCGGACGAAGAGUAUGACUAUAAGGACUAUAAGGAUGACGAUGCUCUGGUUGAACUGCAAUCCGUACAAAAUGCAAAACUAACAGAGCCUAUAAAACUAGAGCUCAUGGAUACGAAUUCACAACUGCAAGAGCAUGGUUCCAUCGAUGAUGGUGGCAACGUACACCAAAUUGGAAAAUUACAGAUACAUCCCCGUGACCAUAGGAACUUAGUGCAAAAUGAACACGAUCAGGAUUAUGAUAUAAUCGAGGUACUAGAAGAAACGGUCAUAGAGCAAGUGAAUGUUCCUGCACCCGCGAGCUCGUCUGAUGUCGAUGAGACAAAACAUAGCAAUAAUGUCUGCAGAGAUCAGCUUACGAGUAGUUUCAAUAUGGCAAACAUUCCCACAAAAACGGCAGCCUAUGCAACCUAUACGGCGCUGGAGAUGGAAACGUUAAGCCAGCGGCAAAGGACGAUUGCACAGAAGCUAAUUUCGGACAUACUGUUCAAUGCCAAGCUAGAUAAUUUAGCGGAAAACUCCAUGUUAGUAGUACGAGUUGGUACGUUCGAGGAGGAAUAG